AUGGCGAAUACGACCCGCGGCAUCCAGGACCGGAGGGACGAUCCCUGCGGUGUUUCUGGUGGCGGUGUAGUGGAGAACGGCUGCGUGGGCAAACAACCGGCUACCCAAAACCCGGACGGUCAUGCCGACCAUGUACCCACUUACAAGCCCUGCUGUUCCUCCACCCCCAUCUACUCCAGCAGCCCCCAGAAAAAUUACGCCGACGUGGACCCCGAUAGCCACAGCUGGACCUCCCAGGACUCAGGAAUCCCCACCCUGGAGAUAAACCCUCCAGACGCCAUCCUUCACAGCCCCCAGCGCCCGGGAGACGAGGGCCUGGCCCUCGACUCCAGCCAGGACUCCCCGGCCACCUUGGCUCUGGACGAUGACCCGUCCGACGGCAACGCCCUGCGCAAGUCCUCCACCUUCCCCCGGAGCGGCUACGACUCGGUCCGCCUCUUCAGCCCCGCCCUCAGGACGUCCGCCUCGGCGGGGUCGGGGGCCGGGGGCGGAGCCUUGAGCCGCAGCGACGACAUAUCCGUGUGCAGCGUGUCCAGCAUGAGCACGGAGCUGUCGGUGUCCAACGAGGACAUCCUGGACUUCACCGUCACCUCCGACUCCAGCGCCAUCGUCACCCUGGAGACGGACGACAGCGGCACGGCCCACUUCUCCGACGUGACGCUGUCGUCCACGCCCGGCAGCCGCGGGGAGCCGCGGAGUCCCGCCGGACCGCGUGGCGGCGAGCAGCAGGAGGACGGCCGGCCGAAGAAACUAGGACCGCUCGCAAACCUAUUCACCAGGAGCCUGUUUGCCCGGCGGGCGAAGGACAGCCGGCCCGUGGAGCAGUGCGAUCCCGGCUGGAAGCUGUUCGGGAAAGUCCCACCUCGGGAAAGCUCCAUCAAGGACCCCAAGAAAAUACAAAAGGAAUAUGAAACGAAGAGUAGCAGAGCUGGACCCGGCAACCCGACGUCUCCCAGGCAGGGUGUGAGGAAAAACCUGGACUUUGAGCCCCUCUCCACCACUGCGCUGAUACUGGAGGACAGACCCGCCAAUCUGCCAGCCAAGCCUGCAGAGGAGGCCCAGAAGCACAGGCAGCAAUAUGAGGAGAUGGUAGCCCAGGCCAAGAAGAGAGAGCUGAAGGAGGCUCAGAGGAGGAAGAAGCAGCUGGAGGAUCGAUGCAAGCUCGAGGAGAGCAUCGGCACCGCCGCCCAGACCUGGAACCAGGAGAUCUUACCUAACUGGAGUACAAUGUGUACAUCUCGAAGGGUCCGGGACCUCUGGUGGCAGGGCGUGCCCCCCAGCGUCCGGGGCAAAGUGUGGAGCCUGGCGGUGGGCAACGAGCUCAACAUCACUCACGAGCUAUAUAGCAUCUGCCUGGCCCGGGCAAAAGAGAAAUGGAGGUCCACAGCAGCUCCUACCCAGGACACUGAAACUGAAGACGUUUCAGGCUCUUCAGACCGGGAGUCGAGCCUGGAGCUGAUCAAGCUGGACAUCUCUAGAACCUUCCCCCAACUGUGCAUCUUCCAGCAGGGCGGGCCCUAUCACGACGUACUGCACAGCAUUCUGGGAGCAUACACGUGUUACCGGCCAGACGUCGGCUACGUGCAGGGAAUGUCCUUCAUCGCAGCGGUGCUGAUUCUGAAUCUGGACACGGCUGACGCCUUCAUAGCUUUCGCCAACCUGCUCAACAAGCCCUGUCAGAUGGCCUUCUUCAGAGUUGACCACAGCCUUAUGUUGACGUACUUUGCCGCAUUUGAAGUGUUCUUUGAAGAAAAUCUACCAAAGCUCUUUGCACAUUUCAAGAAAAACAACCUGACUCCUGAUAUUUAUUUGAUCGACUGGAUCUUCACUCUGUACAGCAAGUCGCUCCCGCUGGACCUGGCGUGCCGGGUGUGGGACGUCUUCUGCCGGGACGGCGAGGAGUUCCUGUUCCGCACGGCGCUGGGCCUGCUGCGGCUCUACCAGGACGUGCUGACCUGCAUGGACUUCAUCCACAUGGCCCAGUUCCUCACCCGCCUGCCGGACCUCAUCCCGGCCGAGCAGCUCUUCCAGCACAUCGCCGCCGUUCACAUGAGCAGCCGCAACCGGAAGUGGGCCCAGGUCCUGCUGGCGUUGACGGAGCAGAAGAAGUCGGGGGCGAGGCAGUCCGCCCCCUCUUCUGUCCGGACCGGACGGGGCCUGAGAGAGACAGAGAGAGGGACCCCCCCCGCGGAGCCGGGGACCACCGCGAGGACCAGAACCCGCAACGGCGGAGGAGAGCGCGUCACUCACACCGAGAGGAAUAUUAAAGCCAUCAUGAAGGCCGCUUACAUCAUCCUGCUCUGCAUCCUGGGAGCUGCAGUCUUUUCUACAAACGCCUCCAACAAUGCAGUUGGGCCCGAUGACUGCUGCUUCAAAUUAUAUCCAAGAAGGAUCAAAAAGGAUUUAAUCAAAUUGUAUUAUGUGACUGAUUACCGCUGCCCCAAGCCUGGAGUCAUAUUUGUCUCAAAUGCAGGCCGCCACAUCUGCGUGGACAAGAAUCUCCCCUGGGUCGAGGGCAUCAUGAGAAGUCUGGACGAGAAGUCCUUUUAA